AUGCAAGAAACCAGAGCCAAAGAAGCAAGUGAAUCCAGCAGCGAGAGCCAAGAAUCGAGCAGCGAAAGCCAAGAAUUGGAGAGCAGAAAAUGUGAAAAUUACACAGAGCCAGCAUCUACAAAUCCUCCUCCACAGCGCAGGCUUGUGAGCCUCAAAACAGAACAAACUAUCAAAGGACCAAAAUUCACAGUUUUGACAUACAACAUUCUGGCAGACAAGUGGAACGAAUCGGACAGGAAACACAAAGCCUGCCCAGCGGCUGCACUGGAAUGGAAUAACCGAAAACACAAGUUGGUCUCUGAAAUCAUUGCAUACAAUGCCGAUAUAAUUUGUCUGCAGGAAGUGGAGGAAGAGCACUACAAAAAAUACUUCUUAAACCAGUUCAGAAAUCACGGAUAUGAUGGGCAUUAUUUGGCAAAACCUUCAGGGAACCCUAAAGAAGGCUGCGCCACCUUUUUUCUACGUGAAAGAUUUUCUUGCAUGGAGGAAAUUGAAGUGGUGUAUGGGAACCAGGAAUUCUGCAAUUUGGUGGGCGAGAAACUUUAUUUAACGGGACAUGAUCCGCAGUCUUAUCAUCCCAAGUCUCAUUCGAAGCCUACACAGAAAACACUUAGGCGAUUCCGCGCUAAUAACAUAGCUUUGAUUCUUUUGUUGAGUUUUGAUUCGAAUCUGAUUUGUGUGGCCAAUACCCAUGUGUUGGCUAAUAAAGAUCUACCAGAUGUGAAGAUGUGGCAAGCUUAUUGUCUGCUACACAAAUUAGAAGAAAUUUCAAUGGAGAAAGGGAAUGAUGAUAUGCCCAUGGUGAUCUGUGGUGACUUCAAUCUUUUCCCAGAAGCGCAGCCCACUGUUUACUGUGCUUAUUCUGCUUAUUUUGAGCAAGGAGUUUCAGAUUGUGGUGAUGAAAAUGAUGAUGUGAUGAAGCGUUGGAUGAAUCCGGAAACCAAAGAGCCCGUGUUUACUCAUUAUGCAUCUGAUUUUCAGGAGACUUUAGAUUAUAUAUUUUAUACCCACAACAAUUUAGAGGUGGAAAAAUUAUUGGAGGUUGUGGAUUGGGAUACUGUAUCUCAGGCGGAGGACAAAUAUAUUCCUUCUAGUGGAAAAGAAAAAGAAAUACAUCAUAGUGGAUGGGACACUGCGGAUACUUCAGAUCUUGUUGAGGAAUGGAAAAAAUCUUAUGAUUGA